CUCACUUUGGUCCGGUGGCACAUUUCAUGAUAAACGGACAAAACGGCAGUGUGUACGAGCUACUGCGCGUCUACGGGGAAAAAUCAAAGCACAUCUGUUGCCAAGGUCUUUUCUAGCCUAACAAUGGAUAGCAAAGGUGAAUGGUUUGGCUCUCCCACGCCCUCGUGUUGUUUGGAAAAUGCCACCGUGGAGAAUUCCAGCACGGGUCAAAUCUAUGAAGUAGUGCUACAGACAAUGAACACAACCAAGCGCAAUCCACAGUUUGUCGGCGUGGAGCUUCUUCAGUCCUUCAUACCUCUCAUCAUCCCCUGCUAUGCUCUCGUGGUCCUGGUUGGAGUUUUCGGUAACUACUUGUUACUAUACGUCAUCUGUCACACCAAAAAGAUGCACAAUGUCACCAACUUCUUCAUUGGUAACCUGGCAUUUUCCGACAUGCUGAUGUGUGCCACCUGUGUGCCGUUUACACUGGCGUACGCUUUUAAUCCUCGAGGGUGGGUGUUUGGAAGAUUCAUGUGCUACCUUGUGUUCCUCAUUCAACCCGUGACAGUGUACGUGUCGGUGUUCACGCUAACAGCUAUUGGGGUGGACAGAUAUUACGCCACAGUUCAUCCUCUGAAGAAACGCAUCUCAGUUCUGGCCUGCACGUACCUUCUGUCUGGGAUAUGGAUUCUCUCGUGUGGUCUGGUAGCUCCAGCCGUGGCUCACACCUACCACGUUGAGUUCAAAGACGAAGGCUUCACCAUCUGCGAGGAGUUCUGGAUGGGACAGGAGAAAGAGCGACUAUCCUACGCUUACAGCACACUCUUCAUCACAUACGUUCUUCCACUCUCUGCCCUGUGCAUUUCCUAUUUGUGUAUUUCCGUAAAGCUUCGUAACUGCGUGGUACCAGGUCAUCGUACCCAAAGCCAAGCAGAAGCCCAGCGUGCGCGGAAGCGGAAGACGUUUCGCCUUGUGUCAUUGGUUGUUGCGGCUUUUGGGAUCUGUUGGCUGCCGAUAAGCGUGUUUAAUGUUCUUCGAGAUAUCGAUAUAGACCUUAUCGACAAGCAUUAUUUUCUGUUGAUCCAGCUGUUGUGUCAUUGGUGUGGAAUGAGUUCCUCUUGUUGUAACCCUUUCUUGUACGCGUGGCUUCAUGACCGUUUCAGGGCGGAGUUACGGAAGAUGUUUACCUGCCAUCGGCGAAUCGCCAUUGGGAUACCGGUUAAUAACUGCGCCACGGCUAGUGUUGUUCUCUGACAGG